GAUCAAUGGAGGGACAGGACAACAAGGGAUUCUUGUCAACAACAGACAUGAUAAAGAUCUGAAGCCUUUCUUAUUUUGAUAUUAAAAUUCGGACUUAAAUUUAGCUCCCGUAGCGAGCGAGAGGGUUCAUUUAACGCUGUGAACCGUCUCCAUCAGCACAGAAGGGAGGAGAAGUGGGAGCAGAGUGAAGCUGAGGAGAGCAGAGACAAACCUUGAGUGAGAGCAGCUCGACAGUUAGUUCAGCCCGAGCAGACAGGAAGUGAGUAUUCGCUGCACACAGUGGAGAUGCAGUGGAGUCUGGUUCUGCUCGUUCUGAUGGGUCGGCGUUCCCUCUUCACAUGUCAGCUCUUUGAAUACCACUUCAUUAACAAGAACAUGGGAUGGGGUGAAGCCCAGAAGUACUGUAGAGAGAAGCACACAGACCUGGUCACAGUGUACGAAGAGACAGACAUCAACAGACUCCGUCAGUCUGCAAAGAAUCAUGACAGAGACGCCUGGACUGGACUGUACAUCAAACAAUCAGAAUCAGACAAAACUGAAUGGAAUUGGCGCUGGUCUCAGGCAGGGGUGGAGUACACUGAAGAUACAGCAAACUGGCUUAGUGGAAAACCAAAUAAUGUCAGACAUGAAUACUGUGUGAUGAUGUGGGCUUCAUCUAAAUACUGGGUCGAUGUCUCUUGUACGUCGAAACAUCGAUUUAUCUGCUACGAUGCAGAGAAUUCAUCCGACAAAUUCUAUGUGAGUGCAUAUACCAAGACCUGGCCAGAGGCCCAAAUGUUUUGCAGAAAGUAUCACACAGACCUGGUCAGUGGAACAAAACAGCUGGAAGAACGAAUCAGUACAAUAACCGGUAUACCUUAUUGGAUCGGCCUGUUCAGAGACCCCUGGAGGUGGUCUGAUGGGAGGAGCUCCUUUUUCAGACCCUGGAGUCAAACCUUUCCUGGCAAUCAGCCAGGCAACAACAAAUGUGCAGCGCUGCAUAAAGACGGCAGCUGGAAUACUAAUGACUGUAACUCAGCAAAACCCUUCUUCUGCUACAGCGACAACGUGAUCCUGAUCAAAGAGAACAAGACCUGGGAGGAGGCCAUCAAUCACUGCAGAGAAAACUACAACGACCUGAUCUCCAUCACUGACGCUGAGCAGCAGAGGUGGGUCCAAGAGAGAGCCAAGAACGCCUCCAGCUCCCACGUCUGGCUGGCACUGCGCUUCACCUGCAUUCUGGAGGCCUGGUUCUGGGUCACCGACGAGAGAGUCGACUACAAGAACUGGGCCUCGGACGUAAAGAUGGACGACUGCGACAUGUCUGGAGCCAUGGAGGCAAGAGGAGAACACAAGUGGAUCAAAGAGGACGAUAUGAGGAAGUUUAAUUUCUUCUGCUCGAAGUUUUGAAGCCUUUCUGUUUUCUGGUGGCGUAUUUCUCUCAAACAAGCUGCCGUUGUUGUGUGUGUUCUCUGGGUUUGUUCAGCUUGAGACAGUCAGUCACAAAAGUCCUGCAGGAUUGCUGAAGAUGAUAAUCUAACGUGUGAUACUGUGAUGCUGUUUCUAAAAUGCGAAUGAGUCUCUUGACGGCUGGAUGCCAAAACAUGACGGCCAACAACAAGCAGUGAUCGUUUGUUUUUCCUGUGGAUAUUUUAAAUUCAUUAUGUCAUUUUUAUCCUUAGUAAAGUGUAUCAAAGUUAUGUUUUAACUUCCAUAUGUGCUGUAUAAUCACUGUUGAAUAUGUUAUCUUUAAUUGCUAAAAGUUCAGUUAAGAUCUGGUGGAUGAAGGUAAUAACAUGUAAAAUCAUA